AUGUUCCGCCUUAUGAGCUGUUGCAGAAAGUACACGGAGGGCUUGUUGGCUUUGGGGGGUUGGGGGGAGCAGAGGCAGGCAGGCAUGGAAGUAGUCCCAGCAGGAGUCCAGUCCCUGUGCUCCUCAGAGUCCCAGCAGGAGUCCAGUCCCUGUGCUCCUCAGAGUCCCAGCAGGAGUCCAGUCCCUGUGCUCCUCAGAGUCCCAGCAGGAGUCCAGUCCCUGUGCUCCUCAGAGUCCCAGCAGGAGUCCAGUCCCUGUGCUCCUCAGAGUCCCAUCAGGAGGCCAGUCCCUGUGCUCCUCAGAGUCCCAGCAGGAGUCCAGUCCCUGUGCUCCUCAGAGUCCCAGCAGGAGUCCAGUCCCUGUGCUCCUCAGAGUCCCAGCAGGAGUCCAGUCCCUGUGCUCCUCAGAGUCCCAGCAGGAGUCCAGUCCCUGUGCUCCUCAGAGUCCCAUCAGGAGUCCAGUCCCUGUGCUCCUCAGAGUCCCAGCAGGAGUCCAGUCCCUGUGCUCCUCAGAGUCCCAGCAGGAGUCCAGUCCCUGUGCUCCUCAGAGUCCCAGCAGGAGGCCAGUCCCUGUGCUCCUCAGAGUCCCAGCAGGAGGCCAGUCCCUGUGCUCCUCAGAGUCCCAGCAGGAGGCCAGUCCCUGUGCUCCUCAGAGUCCCAGCAGGAGGCCAGUCCCUGUGCUCCUCAGAGUCCGGGCUGGUUCUUAUGGGACUAA